AAAUUUCGUUCGUUUUCAUUCUGGGAUAUAGGUGUCAGAUGGAAACAUUACUAAAUAAACUACCAGCGAUUCAAUAGAUUACUUAAUUCUACGCUCGAUCGAUGGAUAGGGAUAAUAAAUAUCGUAAGGAGCUUCGUGAACAUUUCUAUGGGUCGAAAUAUCCAUCGCCACUAAAAGAGAACAACAAGCAUGGCCAAUUUGGUCAUAGGGAGGUCGAUGGUCGUUUGCAUGUGGAGAGGACAAGUCCAACCGAAACCAUACCGCAGACUUGCAAAAGAACAAUUCCAGUGGAAAAGCAUCAGGCAAAACCUGAAAACCAUUUUGAUCAUUUAAGAUAUCAACGUCAAGAUCAUCACUGCGCUAUUAAUUGUGGUCACCGAAUUUUAGGUGUUCAAGAUCCCCUAUCCAAUAAAUAUUGCCAUGGUUACUGUCAGCAGUUAAAUUAUAAUAAGCAGAGUCCUCGCCAGCUGACAAACUCGAGGGUUGUGAAGGAACCUAACAAACAAUCUCCGCAGGCACCUGAUUUUCAAAUCCCUUUCAAUGAGCAGGGCGGAGGUGAUAGCUUUUUUUACAAAAACCCGACUUUUAAAGCGCCUCCAUCUAGUGGAAGUGAUCACGGAAGCGGCGAGGGAGGAGAGAAGAAAGUCAAAGCUCGAUGUAUCCAUGUACCUCAUAAGAAAGAGCCCUAUAACUACCUUGAAGCAGUCAAGGCUCAGUGUGAGGCUGUAGGAAAUCGAUUCAAGCAACAGUAUCCGCUUUCUGGCAACGAUCUAUCCUCCAGAGAUUCGAAAUCGAAAGCCUUCCAAACAACCGUGAUUAGUUCUAAGAGUGGUGACGAUCUCAGAGCAGCAGUUCGAUCGCAAAUUGAACUCCAAGAGGCUUUGGAUGAAUUUGAUGUAGAAGUAAAGGUUAAAAAGGAGCAGAUUUUAUCUGGUGGAAAAAAUAAGCCGAAAAAGAGCCUAGAUUCUAAACCAAAUUCUCAUCCUGAAGAAGAAGACGCAAUUCCCGCAGAACCCCUAUCAACUAGAACGACUUCUGAGGACCUGGAUAUUAUGGAAGUCGUUGACCUUGGUAUCAGUGCUGAUGAUAUCGUUUCCACCAAAGUAAUUCAGCCUAUUGUAAGGAAAAUUCAGCGCAUGUAUCUGAACACUCUCAAGGAGGAAAUGCAAAUAAUUGAUUAUUUGGGGAAGAUGCCGAAAUUAGUAAGCGAUGUUUACAAGCGGGAGGCGGCUGAAAAGAAGCCAAAAAAGGCAUAGAAAUUGUGCAUAUAUAUAUUUUUUACUUUAUUAAUUGUUUAUACAUUUGUUUGAAAUAAAAACAAUGUUAAUAGGGAA